UCAGCCAGCCAGCCAGAGGGGAGCAUCCAGCCGGAGCAAAGCAGCUCGACCCAUUGUGUCCCGUUGACAACCGCAUGGCUGAAGUGACUGUGACAUGCCUGCUGCUGAUCUCUGCCCUCUGGCUGCCUGGCAGUGAGAGCUACAAUACUGAUCUGAAGAAGCCUCGUGGCCAAAUGGAAGAGGCUGCCCUCCAUCCCAAGAGAAGCCCAAGAUUCUGCUUUCCGAACCUGUGUAAGCACCAGGGAGUCUGCCGGGUAGUUGAGGAGAAACCAAACUGCACCUGCAAGGCUGGCUUCACUGGGACAUUCUGUCAAGAUGUGGUGCUCAAGCUGCAGUGUGAGGAAGAUCACAUGAAGAUGAUGGUGAGAAAGGAAGUGUUUGAAGUGUUAAAAAUCCCCUUGGCGCGGGUCCAUUUGAAGAAUGGUGCUUGCAAGGUCUCUGAAAAGACAGAAGAUGGAGCAAUCUUCUUUGCAGCCAUUCUCACGGGCGAGAACCAUACCCUGUGUGGGUCAGUGAUUCAGCAAAACAGGACACACGUGUCUUACGCCAAUGUGAUGGAGUCCAACAUGGAGGUCACAGGCAUGAUCUCCAGAAGCAGUCUUGUGCAAGUGCAUUUCUCCUGCAUCUACUCCUAUGAGCGGGUGGUCCAGCUGCCCUUCUCCCUUACUGCCAUUGACGCGCUUGUGAAGUUCGUGGUCAAAGAGGGGGAGUUCAACGUGACCAUGGCCUUGUACGAGACCUCGGCUUACCUGCAGCGCUACUGGCAGCAGCCCCCGGCCCUCCCGCUGUCGGAGUUCCUCUACAUCCUGCUGCAGCUGGAAGGCCAGAGCCAGGUGCGGUACUUCCUGCUGAGCGUUGAGGACUGUUGGGCCACCCCAUCAGCAGACCCCAGCCAUGAUGUGCAGCACCAGCUCAUUGUGAAGGGGUGUCCCCGUGAUGAGACUGUGAUGUACAUCAAUGCCAUCGGAAACAGCACCAUGGCAAAGUUCAGCUUCCAGAUGUUCCAGUUCAUCAACUACUCGGAGGUGUUCCUGCACUGCAGAGUCCGCCUGUGCCUCCCCGAUGGCCCCGAACCCUGCGCAAAGCAAUGUCCCAGGAAGUCGAGGAGCAAGAGGGCACUUCAGGAUGACUACAAGAAGAUUGUCUCUUAUGGACCCAUCCAUCUCCUUGCCUCUCCCCUUUCUGGAGCAUGGAAUGCUGAGUCGGGGACAAAACUGCAGGACCUUUGGGGUACGUAUGUCCUGUCCUGGAUAACUGUACAAAGCCAGUUGAACAGGAACAGUCCAGUCACACUUGCCCCGUUACAUAUAGCAAUUAAAGGAGGCUGCUAAGAUCUCUCCCCUGCAAUGUGGCAAUUUGUGGUCUUCGACUCCCAUAUCAAUGCUCCUAUGUUGUGUU